AUGCCGAUUCCAAUCACUGAUGGCUACUGGAAAAACAGAGAUACGUUCAUUCCACUUGUUUGUAGAAGUCAGCAAUGGACAAAACCCGAAGCCUCAAAGUGUCUACAAAAUAAGUUAUUUAUAGUCAGCGGUGACUCUACUAUUGGACAGUUAGUUACAUCAUUCAAGGAGUUGUUUAAUUACGAAGGAUUUGAAAAUAAUUUUGUGUGUCCACGAAUUGGAACAGUAGCAGAUCGAGUGCGAAUACUAGAGAGUGACUUACUUGACAAAUUUGGACAACAAGACUGUCGAUCCAAAGAACUCGUAGUAGUUUUAAACUUUGCUUAUCAUUAUAAUUUGUGGUCAACAAGAGCGUACCUUGAGAGGAUAUACCGUGCUAAAUUAGCAGUGUUGAGACUGAGAGAAAGAUGUCCCAAUACAAAAGUGAUUAUAAAAUUAGCACAUCCAGUGAAAAAUCGUGAGCUUGUGCGAUCAGUUCACAGCAGUAACUGGCUUUUCUACGAUAUGAACAGAAUGGUCCGUUACGUAUUUGGUGGUAUUGGAGUACGGUUUCUUGAUCUCUGGGAUUUAGUAGCCUCGUCAACGCGGUUAUACAAAGAAGAUGUCCAUAGUCCUCCUCCUGUAAUCUAUCAGGAAUUGUACCUCUUACUUUCUUAUAUUUGUCCCGAAUUAGUAUCUAGGUGGUCUCAGGAAUUGUAA